AGUUUAAAAAGACCGCCCAUGUUUUACUCUGUUAUUUCCAAGACCGAUCUCUCAUUCUUCUCCUCUUCCUUCUUUAUUUCCCCUCUUCUCACUCUUUCUAGGAAACACAGACAAAAACACAACACACGAACAAGACAGAGAGAAGAAGAAGAACUUAAACUAGAUUAGUACAGAUAAGAGACACAGAAAAGUCUUUUUAAUAAAGAUAAAAACCUAAAUCAAAGAAUAUUUUUUCAGACGAAGAAGAUAUGGCUAUGGGUAUAAGCGUGGAAUUCAUUUUCUUUACCUUAACCCUAACCCUAAGUUUACUACCCUUAAUAUCUGCUAACUCUGAAGGUGACGCUUUAUAUACGCUUCGACGAAGUUUAUCAGAUCCUGAUAAUGUUCUUCAGAGUUGGGAUCCUACUCUUGUUACCCCUUGUACUUGGUUUCACAUCACUUGUGAUCAAGAUAAUCAUGUCACCAGAGUGGACCUUGGCAAUUCCAACUUAUCCGGCCAUUUGGUACCUGAACUGGGGAAUCUUGCGCGCCUACAGUAUUUAGAGCUAUACAAGAACAACAUCCAAGGGAAGAUUCCUGUGGAGCUGGGAAACUUGAAGAGCCUAAUCAGUUUGGAUCUGUAUAACAACAACAUUUCUGGGAUCAUUCCACCUGCAUUGGGGAAACUUAAGUCUUUAGUAUUCCUACGACUUAAUGAUAAUCGGCUAAAUGGGCAAAUUCCACGAGAGCUUGGUGUCAUCUCAAGCCUUAAAGUUGUUGAUGUCUCAAACAACAACCUGUGUGGAACAAUCCCCACUACCGGGCCUUUUGAGCACAUUCCCUUGAACAACUUCGAAAACAACCCUCGGCUUGAAGGUCCAGAGUUGCAGGGACUGGCGGCGUAUGAUACAAACUGCUCAUGAAAAGAUGGGUAAAGCGGCGGAUCAAAUUCCACCUCGUGUUAAAAUUUGUCAUUCUGUUUACAUCUACUUUGAAACGGCUGGGAGGUAUAUUUUCUUAUAAUAUAAUUGUGCUGGAGGAUAAAAUGUAGUAAUUCUGUGUAAAAUAUAGUUACAGUGAAAAAAUUACUCGAAACGUGUCUUGCAACUUGUUAUCGUGUAACAGUGUAACUUUUCUGAUUCGGAUUCUCAUGUUAAUUUAUCUAAUUAUCAUCAUAUAUUUUAUCUUGUGGCAA